GCUCAACUGUUGAAAUGAUAUAAAAUUAAAAUACAACACUAAAUCUAAAUUGAACUGAUAAAUAUUGCAGACAGCGGCACAAAUGCAGGGCCGGAUAGUUUGUUGCAACCAAAGAUAACAAGCAAAGAUACUUUGAACAGUAUAAUGUCAAAAUACGAUGCCUAUGGAACACGUACGAAUCCCGAUCCAAAUUGUCGAACCUGUACUGAUUUCAAAUCUUGGUCUAAUCAGCAACGACAAGUAUUUCAUACAAAAACGGGCUCGGAUAACACCCCUGCCCAUGGCCAGGAAUCAGGUCACAAACGAGAUGAUUGUCCUAUGGAUAAAUCAAGACUGGGACACGCCACAUGGGGUUUACUACACACUUUCGCAGCUUUUUACACCGAAAAACCUACAGAGGAACAAAAAGCAGAUGCAAGAAACUUUUUUGAGGCACUGUCAAAAAUAUAUCCCUGCGAAUAUUGCGCAAAUGAUUUUCGUAAAGAUCUGAAACAAAAUCCUGUUAAUGUCGAGUCCCAAUCAGAGCUAUCAAUGUGGCUAUGUAAAUUUCAUAAUCGAGUAAAUGCGAAAUUAGGUAAAUCAUUAUUCGAUUGUAGUAAAGUGAACGAAAGAUGGAGAGAUGGGUGGUUAGAUGGAUCAUGUGACUAAAUUAUUUACAUUGGUAUAUAUAGAAAUUACCAGAAAGAAGUAAAGGGAUUGUGCCUAUAAACUAAGUUAUUGCAAAUAAAACAUAUAUUGUGAUUAUGAACAAAAAUGAUAUAGGCUAAGAUUAAUUCACGUAAAAAUAUAUAACACCAAUAAUGUGAACUUAAUUUAUAUAUAACUUAAAGUUCUGUUAAAAGUUUACAAGUAAUCGUUACAAUAUACAUUACAAUAUUAUUUUGCCAA